GGGGGUGGAGGAGCGGCCGCCGGCGGCAGAGCAGCAGCCCGGGGAGCAGCAGGUGCUCCCGGGGUCGGCGGAGCUCCUGGAGCCCCGGGCGGUCAGAGGAUGUACAAGCAGUCGAUGGCGCAGCGAGCGCGGACCAUGGCGAUCUACAACCCGAACCCCGUCAAACAGAACUGCUUCACCGUCAACCGCUCCCUGUUCAUCUUCCGCGAGGACAAUGUCAUCAGGAAAUACGCGAAGAGAAUCACAGAGUGGCCUCCAUUUGAAUACAUGAUCCUGGCGACGAUCAUCGCCAACUGCAUCGUCCUGUCACUGGAGCAGCAUCUACCUGCCAGCGACAAGACGCCCAUGUCCGAGCGAUUGGACGACACCGAGCCCUACUUUAUUGGAAUAUUCUGUUUCGAGGCCGCCAUUAAGAUCAUCGCCCUGGGCUUCGCGUUCCACAAAGGCUCGUACCUCCGCAACGGCUGGAACGUAAUGGACUUUGUGGUCGUCCUCACCGGGUGAGUACUCUCGCCCGCCGGGCGUCAGCUGGAGAUGGACGUCCUGAG